AUGCAGCAUCAAAUGCUGCAUGUCCAAGUGAUCAACCGAGCAACAAGACAUAACUGGAGACCUCACGGAGUUUGUAUCUCCUAUGGCCCCAGAUUUUCCACGCUAAGCUUUCAGUCCAUUGGAUCUUCCUGGAUCAGGCUCUCGGCUUUGGUCACAUCUCUGACGCUGCGUGAGCGACGAAGGGUGCGGUUGGCCUGCAGUGAAGCCAGAAAUGUGGCUCUACAAGAGGAAUUACUGAAACAUGGAAUCAGCUUUGAAGACUUGGACCGGCCACCACAUGAUCCACUCCUUUACCCUGCCUUGCGCUGUUGCAAGGCCUUCGUUUCUCCCCCCAACGGCCAUGCCCGCAGCGUCGCCUCCCGUCCCGGUCGCGCCGCGGCCGUGGCGCGGGAUGUGCACCGCUUGGUGCAGGAUGCGCGGGCUGCAAGGGCGGCCUGGAGGGAGCGGAAGUCGAGGUAUCAGUUUGAUGCUUUGCGCCCUCCCCUGACUCUGGUCAUCGAUUGCGUGCGCUCGACGCAAAAUGUGGCUUCGCUCUUGCGCACGUGCGCUGUGGCAGGGGUGGAGGUGGUCUACUGCGGCAUCACCCCCGCUCCACCCAUGCCCGCGCUGCUGAAGUACGCUGGAGAUGCUGCACUGCUGCCCAGCCGAUUUGAAAAAUCCGCGCAACAUGCGGUGAAGCGACUCCAACAACAGGGCUUUGAGGUUUGGGCUCUUGAGACCACCGAUCAAGCCAAAGAUUUGGAGACUUUGCUGGCCAGGGACAUCUCCAAGUUGCCGCUAGCUUUGGUGGUGGGACACGAGAGUUACGGGGUCUCGGCAAGUGCUUUGAAUGCCUGCGAUGAGCAUGUUCGCAUCAGGACGGUCGGCAUCAAGAACUCGCUCAACGUUGCUGUUGCUGGAAGCAUUGCAAUUUUUGAGAUCAUCUGUCGCGUUCACGCGCCCCAUGCACAGUGCCGUGCGCCGCUGUCCUUUGAUCCGGACCUGGUCGUUGCAGAGUUCCUCUGGUCCGACGUUUGUUACUUGGCGGAUCAGGGCGCCACCCCGCUGUCGCUGUGCCAAGUCAUCGCCGCCACGCCGCUGCAAGUGGCAGAGCUGGCGAAUCGGGAGCUGCCCAUCCGCUUCGCCAAGCGCAUCCGGCAGAUCGAGGAUAUUCCUGGUUGGCACGAGUCCCAGGACUUAGUGAAGCUGCGAUAUCUCUACUUCCAGUGUUUCAGCGACCUGCGGCUCAUCGACCUGAAGGACCACGAGUUGCAUGAUCUGACGGUGGCGGUGACCCGGACCAAGCAUCGCCUCAGUGGGGCGAUCAGUCUGUUGAUGGAAGCCUUGCAGGAGCUGAAGGACAAAGGUCUGGCCCUGCAGGAAUCCUUUCUAGAACCGUGGUUGGAUCGUUUCUUGCUCUCGCGGAUCGGUACAGAGAUGCUCACUUCACACUAUGUGGCGAGCAUGGAGGGCAGCAGCAUCGUAGAGAAGGACUGUGAUCCCACCAUCAUAUGCCUGCGGGCAGCUGAACGGGCGCGCUGGCUCUGCAUGGAGCACUACAAGCGCAUUGGGAACACUGUGAAGAUCAAGGUCGAAACGUUGCCUAGCCGCGAGAAUCCUGGAAAUACCAAGGAACGGCAUUGUUUCACCUACGUGCCGAAGUAUCUCUACUACAUGGUCUUGGAGCUGCUGAAGAAUAGCGCCAGAGCCACCAUUGAGACCUCCAGCAGCCAGGAGGAGAUCGAAGCCCGGCCGAUCGUGGUGACUGUCAGUGCCAACUCUGGACAGGUUGCCAUUCGGAUUCAAGACAUGGCCGGAGGCAUCCCCUUCGAAGUGGCAGAGCGCGUGUGGUCCUACACUUAUUCCACCGCUGAUACUUCCUGA